AUGACGUUACUGUUGGUCCUGCAGUUGAUCUCCAACGUCCUGAUCUUCUCCUGCACUAACAUCGUUGGUGUCUGCACCCACUACCCUGCCGAGGUGUCCCAGAGACAGGCUUUCCAGGAGACGCGGGAGUGUAUCCAAGCCAGACUCCAUUCCCAGAAGGAAAACCAACAGCAGGAGCGGCUGUUGCUGUCGGUGCUGCCUCGCCACGUCGCCAUGGAGAUGAAGGCAGACAUCAACGCCAAGCAGGAGGAUAUGAUGUUCCACAAGAUUUACAUCCAGAAGCACGACAACGUGAGCAUCUUAUUUGCGGAUAUUGAGGGCUUCACCAGUUUGGCCUCUCAGUGCACGGCCCAGGAGCUCGUCAUGACUCUCAAUGAACUCUUCGCCAGGUUCGACAAGCUGGCUUCAGAGAACCACUGUCUGCGGAUUAAGAUCCUGGGGGAUUGUUAUUACUGUGUGUCGGGGCUGCCGGAGGCCAGGGCUGACCACGGCCACUGCUGCGUGGAGAUGGGUGUGGACAUGAUCGAAGCUAUCUCGCUGGUGCGAGAGGUGACGGGCGUGAACGUGAACAUGCGUGUGGGCAUCCACAGCGGGCGUGUUCACUGUGGGGUCCUCGGGCUUCGCAAGUGGCAGUUCGACGUGUGGUCGAACGACGUGACUUUGGCUAAUCAGAUGGAAGCCGGAGGCAAAGCCGGGAGAAUCCACAUCACCAAAGCCACACUGAAUUACCUGAACGGGGAUUACGAGGUGGAACCGGGCUUUGGGGGCGAGAGGAACGUUUACCUGAAGGAUCACAACAUAGAGACGUUCCUUAUCGUGGGCUGCAGCCAGAAAAGGAAAGAAGAGAAGGCGAUGAUCGCUAAACUCAACCGGACUCGCUCCAACUCUCUGGCCAACAUCGGCUCACCCUGGACUGUGGAGAGACAUUUUUACAACCACAUCUCCAAAGAGAUGAAGACGAUGGGCAUUGUGGAUUACAUUGGCAAGGACAAAAACACUCAGGAAAGCCUGAACCCCGAGGAUGAGGUGGACGAGUUCCUGGGCCGGGCGAUCGACGCCAGGAGUAUUGACCGCCUGCGCUCGGAGCACGUGCGGAAAUUCCUGCUGACCUUCCGCAAGCCGGAGCUGGAGAAGAAGUAUUCCAGGGAACUGGACGACAGAUUUGGGGCAUAUGUGGCCUGUGCCUGUCUGGUCUUCCUCUUCAUCUGCAGCAUUCAGGUCACCAUCAUACCACAUUCGCUGUUGAUGUUGGGUUUUUACCUGAUCUGCUCGCUGAUCCUAUUGAACGUGCUGUUUGUAUCUGCCGUCUACUCCUGUGUGAAGAUCUUUCCAGGGCCGCUGCAGAGGUUAUCGAAGAACAUUGUGCAGUCGCGGACAAUCAGCACAUUGGUCGGAGUCUUCACCAUUAAACUUGUCUUUGUCUCGGCAUUUGUUAACAUGUUUGUGUGCGACACUCAGGACCUGCACAGCUGUGUGGCUAAAGAAUAUAACACGACACCCAGCAGGGUCAACGCUUGUCACGUCAUCAAUUCCUUCGUCAACUACAGUCUGGACACAGAGAGCGGCUUCUGCCACAGUCAACAUCCCAACUGCAACUUUCCCGAGUAUUUCACCUACUGCGUGCUGCUCAGCUUGCUGGCCUGCGCUGUGUUUCUUCAGAUCAGCAGCAUUGGGAAGCUGGUCCUCAUGCUGUUCAUUGAGCUGAUCUACGUUCUAACGAUGGAGGUGCCCGGAGUCACCAUCUACGACAACGCAGACCUGCUGGUCACCGCCAACGCUCUGGGGCCUGUGAACGGGACCUGGACCUGCUCCCUGAAGUUCUCCAAAGUGGCCUUGAAGAUCAUGACUCCUAUUGUGAUCACGGUGUUUGUCCUGGCUCUGUACCUCCACGCACAGCAGGUGGAAUCCACGGCCAGGCUGGACUUCCUCUGGAAACUGCAGGCGACGGAGGAGAAAGAGGAGAUGGAGGAACUCCAGGCGUACAACAGGCGGCUCCUGCACAACAUCCUCCCCAAGGACGUGGCUGCCCACUUUCUGGCCAGGGAGAGACGCAACGACGAGCUGUACUACCAGUCCUGCGAGUGCGUGGCUGUCAUGUUCGCCUCCAUCAGCAACUUCUCCGAGUUCUACGUGGAGCUGGAGGCCAACAACGAGGGCGUGGAGUGUCUGCGGCUCCUCAACGAGAUCAUCGCCGACUUUGACGAGAUCAUCAGUGAAGAUCAGUUUCGGCAGUUGGAGAAGAUUAAAACCAUUGGCAGCACCUACAUGGCAGCUUCGGGACUGAAUGACUCCACGUACGACAAGGCAGGAAAAACACACAUCAAGGCACUGGCGGACUUUGCUGUGAGGUUGAUGGAGCAGAUGAAAUACAUCAACGAGCACUCCUUCAAUAACUUCCGAAUGAAAAUAGGACUUAACAUUGGUCCUGUGGUGGCAGGUGUAAUAGGAGCUCGAAAGCCUCAGUAUGACAUCUGGGGCAACACUGUGAAUGUAGCCAGUCGAAUGGACAGCACAGGAGUUCCCGACCGAAUUCAGGUGACCACAGAUAUGUACCAAGUGUUGGUGGCGGAAAACUACCAGCUGGAGUAUCGUGGAGUGGUCAAAGUCAAAGGCAAAGGAGAGAUGGCCACCUACUUUCUGAAUGAAGGACCUCCCAGCAGCUAGCAGAGACGAGUGCCAGAGAGACUAGAAAAAACACAUGAUCUGAAACCCAUCCUGCGCAGGGCAAGCACAACGGUGCUGGACGACUGCAACACGUAAAACCCUGAACCCAACAGGAGAGAGAGAGAGAGAGCCUUACAUAGCGGAAUUCAAGUGUUUUUGACCAGAAGCAGUUUGUGUGAGGAGAGAGAGAGAAAAAAAACCUACUCCAGCUGAACGAAGGGUUGAGUCAUCUGAUUUCCUUUUCCUCUCCAAACCCCUUCUCCAAACCUCCCCACUCUUUCUCCUCUCUCUCUCUCUGAUGAAUCCGCCAAACUGAACAAAUACACAUACACACACACACACACACACACGACCAAAGAAUAUAUUCUGGGAUGAGGAUCUCCAGAGAUAGACAAAGAGCUCUUUGUCCUGUGUUGGCACCUCGACAGUCCGGUGUCAGGCAGGAAAGGCAAUGUGCGUCAGGGGCGGGGGAUGUCGUGCUGAUGGACAUGUGCGAGACGGGGAUGACUUCCCCCAACCCCCGCCCCCCCAGUAAGUGACUGUCGGCUGCUCAGCCACCACCUCACCAGCUCUGGUUACCUUCAGUGGACGUUGAUUGAAUUGGGUGUUGGAACCAGAAGCCUUAAGCUCGCUUGGCUAACAGAUGUGGACCUUAGCAGCACAGAGCAGCUAGCGAGCGAGCGAGGGAACGGGCGAGCGAGUGAACGAUCCGCGGAAAACGGCAUCUGAUGAACUUGUCUUGUUGAGGCUCCGUUAUCGAUUGAAUGAAUGAACAAUAUCUGCUGUGGAAGAACACAAAGUGAAGUCAGUUGGGUUGAUGCCCUGGAGGGAGGAGAUCAAAUAGAUCCGAAGGUCCUAUACCAUCCAAACUUCUCUUAAUUUUACUAACGGAGCUAUUGGAAGUGGGCUGACAAAUAGCCCAAUGAUCUUACCUACGGCUUGGCAGCCAACCAGAUAUGUGGGCUGAGGAACAUUCACAGACCUUUACUAGUUCCUCCCACCACCACAGCCCCACCCACUAAAUUUACU